AUGGGAGGCAGUGGCGGAUUUGUGCAGGCGCAAGGAGGUGCACCUGCACCUCCGCUCGCCGGAAAACUCCAUAAGAGAUGCUGGAGUUGCACCUUUGCUCAUACUAGAGACGCACGCAAGGUGUUCGAUGAAAUGUGCAAAUGGCCUGGGUGUUGUGCUGCUGGUGCUGCAAGCUACGCUGAGCGCGCGCUUCCUUUUUUGUUUAUAACUAAGCCUGGCCAAAACGUCAUCGUUUUGGACCAGGUUUAA